UCGCCGCGCGCUUCCCCCGCCGCGUCCCGGCGCCAACAUGGCGCUGCCGGCCGAGGCCGAGUCGCGGCUGUUCCGCUCGUUACGCGCUGCCGCCGGUGCUGCCGCUCACGCCGCGGCGCUGGGGCUGCCCGCUGGGGUGGCCGUGCUGGCGCGGCCCGGCUCCAGCCUGUUCUCGUGGCACCCGCUGCUGAUGGCGCUGGCGGUGUCGCUGCUCAUGACCGAGGCGCUGCUCGUCUUCUCCCCGGAGGCGUCUCCGCUGCGCGCUCUGUCCCGCAAGGCCAAGGCUCGGGCGCACUGGGCGCUGCAGGUGCUGGCCGUGCUGUGCGCCGCGCUGGGGCUGGGGCUGGUGGCCUACAACAAACACGUGCACGGCACCGGGCACCUGCGCACGUGGCACGGCCGGGUCGGGCUGCUGACCGCGCUGUACUUCGCGGCCCAGAGCCUGGGCGGGCUGCUGCUGCUCUACCCCAAGCUGGCGGGCGGCUGGACGCCGGGCAAACUGCGGCUGUACCACGCCACGGCCGGGCUGGUGGGAUACCUGCUGGGCUGCGCCAGCCUCAUGCUGGGCAUGUGCUCGCUGUGGUUCACCACCGCAGCCCGCGGGGCCGCCUGGUACCUGGCCGUGCUGUGCCCCGUGCUCACCAGCCUGGUGGUGAUGAACCAGGUGAGCAACGCCUACCUGUACCGCAAGCGGAGCCAGCACUGAGCGCUGCCCUGGGUGCUCUGCGGCUCCUUCAUCCCGGACGGACUGUGGUGGCUGCGGGGACGUGUCGCAGCUCCGGUGACACCGCUGGUCCCCAGCACGGGGAGUGGCAGUGCCGGGUCUCCCGCUCUGUCCCCCUUCCUUUCCAUCCACACACAAAUCCCCGUGCCAUGGGGGCUAACGGUGGUAAGGUUACAGCCGGCCGGGCACCAGGGGGUGUUUUGCAGCCUGCAGGCUCCUGCUUCAUCCCUCUGAGGAACGCAGAGAAUGGUACAAACACAGGAGGAACCUCAGCAGACACCUGCGUGGGUGCCCAUCAGCAGAGCAGAGGGAGCAGGCUUCCCGGAGCAGUGACCCCGGAUGGAACCACAGCUCCUCUCCUCCUGCAGCAGCCGCCUCUCCAGCCCCAAUGGAGCAGGGCUCAGUGGACCACGUUGCGAUGGCCCCAGGGCUGCUCCCUAUCAUGCUCUUGGCAGGGCCGGAGAGCUGGGAGCGGCACCCGAGCUGGGGAAGUCCUCUGUAUCCAGAGCUUUUAUUCAAUAAAGAUUCAGGCAGCUACA